AAGCCGCCCGUUUCCUGCCGAGCCGCGCGACGGCACCUGAGCGACUGCGGCGGCGGCGGCGGCGCCUCGGAGCGGGCGGCCCGGGCUGUAGUGCCGGCGCCGCCGCGUCUUCCCGGUCUCCUUCCCCGCCGCACAGGAUAGAUUUUCGCUCUGUCACGCAGGCUGGAGUGCAGUGGCAUGACCUUGGCUUACUGCAACCCUUUGCCUCCUGGAUUCGAGUGACUCUCAUUGCCUCAGCCUCCUGAGUAGCUGGGAUUGUAGGUUUUAUAGGAUCACAUUGACAAAAGUACCAUGGAGUUUUAUGAGUCAGCAUAUUUUAUUGUUCUUAUUCCUUCAAUAGUUAUUACAGUAAUUUUCCUCUUCUUCUGGCUUUUCAUGAAAGAAACAUUAUAUGAUGAAGUUCUUGCAAAACAGAAAAGAGAACAAAAGCUUAUUCCUACCAAAACAGAUAAAAAGAAAGCAGAAAAGAAAAAGAAUAAAAAGAAAGAAAUCCAGAAUGGAAACCUCCAUGAAUCUGAUUCUGAGAGUGUACCUCGAGACUUUAAAUUAUCAGAUGCUUUGGCAGUAGAAGAUGAUCAAGUUGUACCUGUUCCAUUGAAUGUGGUUGAAACUUCAAGUAGUGUUAGGGAAAGAAAAAAGAAGGAAAAGAAACAAAAGCCUGUACUUGAAGAGCAGGUCAUCAAAGAAAGUGAUGCAUCAAAGAUUCCUGGCAAAAAAGUAGAACCUGUCCCAGUUACUAAACAGCCCACCCCUCCCUCUGAAGCAGCUGCCUCAAAGAAGAAACCAGGGCAGAAGAAGUCUAAAAAUGGAAGCGAUGACCAGGAUAAAAAGGUGGAAACUCUCAUAGUACCAUCAAAAAGGCAAGAAGCAUUACCCCUCCACCAAGAGACUAAACAAGAAAGUGGAUCAGGGAAGAAGAAAGCUUCAUCAAAGAAACAAAAGACAGAAAAUGUCUUCGUAGACGAACCCCUUAUUCAUGCAACUGCAUAUAUUCCUUUGAUGGAUAAUGCUGACUCAAGUCCUGUGGUGGAUAAGAGAGAGGUUAUUGAUUUGCUUAAACCUGACCAAGUAGAAGGGAUUCAGAAAUCUGGGACUAAAAAACUGAAGACUGAAACUGACAAAGAAAAUGCUGAAGUGAAGUUUAAAGAUUUUCUUCUGUCCUUGAAGACUAUGAUGUUUUCUGAAGAUGAGGCUCUUUGUGUUGUAGAUCUGCUAAAGGAGAAGUCUGGUGUGAUACAAGAUGCUUUAAAGAAGUCAAGUAAGGGAGAAUUGACUACACUCGUACAUCAGCUUCAAGAAAAGGACAAGUUACUUGCUGCUGUGAAGGAAGAUGCUGCUGCUACAAAGGAUCGGUGUAAGCAGUUAACCCAGGAAAUGAUGUCAGAGAAAGAAAGAAGCAAUGUGGUUAUAGCAAGGAUGAAAGAUCGGAUUGGAACAUUAGAAAAGGAACAUAAUGUAUUUCAAAACAAAAUACAUGUCAGUUAUCAAGAGACUCAACAGAUGCAGAUGAAGUUUCAGCAAGUUCGUGAGCAGAUGGAGGCAGAGAUAGCUCACUUGAAGCAGGAAAAUGGCAUACUGAGAGAUGCUGUCAGCAACACUACAAAUCAACUGGAAAGCAAGCAGUCUGCAGAACUAAAUAAACUACGCCAGGAUUAUGCUAGGUUGGUGAAUGAGCUGACUGAGAAAACAGGAAAGCUACAGCAAGAGGAAGUCCAAAAGAAGAAUGCUGAGCAAGCAGUUACUCAGUUGAAGGUUCAACUACAAGAAGCUGAGAGAAGGUGGGAAGAAGUUCAGAGCUACAUCAGGAAGAGAACAGCGGAACAUGAGGCAGCACAGCAAGAUUUACAGAGUAAAUUUGUGGCCAAAGAAAAUGAAGUACAGAGUCUGCAUAGUAAGCUUACAGAUACCUUGGUAUCAAAACAACAGUUGGAGCAAAGACUAAUGCAGUUAAUGGAAUCAGAGCAGAAAAGGGUGAACAAAGAAGAGUCUCUGCAAAUGCAGGUUCAGGAUAUUUUGGAGCAGAAUGAGGCUUUGAAAGCUCAAAUUCAGCAGUUCCAUUCCCAGAUAGCAGCCCAGACAUCCGCUUCAGUUCUAGCAGAAGAAUUACAUAAAGUGAUUGCAGAAAAGGAUAAGCAGAUAAAACAGACUGAAGAUUCUUUAGCGAAUGAACGUGAUCAUUUAACAAGUAAAGAAGAGGAACUUAAGGAUAUACAGAAUAUGAAUUUCUUAUUAAAAGCUGAAGUGCAGAAAUUACAGGCCCUGGCAAAUGAGCAGGCUGCUGCUGCACAUGAAUUGGAGAAGAUGCAACAAAGUGUUUAUGUUAAAGAUGAUAAAAUAAGAUUGCUGGAAGAGCAACUACAACAUGAAAUUUCAAACAAAAUGGAAGAAUUUAAGAUUCUAAAUGACCAAAACAAAGCAUUAAAAUUAGAAGUUCAGAAGCUACAGACUCUUGUUUCUGAACAGCCUAAUAAAGAUGUUGUGGAACAAAUGGAAAAAUGCAUUCAAGAAAAAGAUGAGAAGUUAAAGACUGUAGAAGAAUUACUUGAAACUGGACUUAUUCAGGUGGCAACUAAAGAAGAGGAGCUGAAUGCAAUAAGAACAGAAAAUUCAUCUCUGACAAAAGAAGUUCAAGAUUUAAAAGCUAAGCAAAAUGAUCAGGUUUCUUUUGCAUCUUUAGUUGAAGAACUUAAGAAAGUGAUCCACGAGAAAGAUGGAAAGAUCAAAUCUGUAGAAGAGCUUCUGGAGGCAGAACUUCUCAAAGUUGCUAACAAGGAGAAAACUGUUCAGGAUUUGAAACAGGAAAUAAAGGCUCUAAAAGAAGAAAUAGGAAAUGUCCAGCUUGAAAAGGCUCAACAGUUAUCUAUCACUUCCCAAGUUCAGGAGCUUCAGAACUUAUUAAAAGGAAAAGAGGAACAGGUGAAUACCAUGAAGGCUGUUUUAGAAGAGAAAGAGAAAGACCUAGCCAAUACAGGGAAGUGGUUACAGGAUCUUCAAGAAGAAAAUGAAUCUUUAAAAGCACAUGUUCAGGAAGUAGCACAACAUAACUUGAAAGAGGUCUCUUCUGCAUCACAGUUUGAAGAACUUGAGAUUGUGUUGAAAGAAAAGGAAAAUGAAUUGAAGAGGGUAGAAGCCAUGCUAAAAGAGAGGGAGAGUGAUCUUUCUAGCAAAACAAAGCUGUUACAGGAUGUACAAGAUGAAAACAAAUUGUUUGAGUCCCAAAUUGAGCAGCUUAAACAACAAAACUACCAACAGGCAUCUUGUUUUCCCCCUCAUGAAGAAUUAUUAAAAGUAAUUUCAGAAAGGGAGAAAGAAAUAAGUGGUCUCUGGAAUGAGUUAGAUUCUUUGAAGGAUGCAGUUGAACACCAAAGGAAGAAAAACAAUGACCUUCGGGAGAAAAACUGGGAAGCAAUGGAAGCAUUGGCAUCAACUGAAAAAAUGCUGCAGGACAAAGUGAACAAGACUUCCAAGGAAAGACAACAACAGGUGGAAGCUGUUGAGUUGGAGGCUAAAGAAGUUCUCAAAAAAUUAUUUCCAAAGGUGUCUGUCCCUUCUAAUUUGAGUUAUAGUGAAUGGUUGCAUGGAUUUGAAAAGAAGGCAAAAGAAUGUAUGGCUGGAACUUCAGGGUCAGAGGAGGUUAAGGUUCUAGAGCACAAGUUGAAAGAAGCUGAUGAAAUGCACACAUUGUUACAGCUAGAGUGUGAAAAAUACAAAUCCGUCCUUGCAGAAACAGAAGGAAUUUUACAGAAGCUACAGAGAAGUGUUGAGCAAGAAGAAAAUAAAUGGAAAGUUAAGGUCGAUGAAUCACACAAGACUAUUAAACAGAUGCAGUCAUCAUUUACAUCUUCAGAACAAGAGCUAGAGCGAUUAAGAAGAGAAAAUAAGGAUAUUGAAAAUCUGAGAAGAGAACGAGAACAUUUGGAAAUGGAACUAGAGAAGGCAGAGAUGGAACGAUCUACCUAUGUUACAGAAGUCAGAGAGCUGAAAGAUCUGUUGACUGAAUUGCAGAAAAAACUUGAUGAUUCAUAUUCUGAAGCAGUAAGACAGAAUGAAGAGCUAAAUUUGUUGAAGGCACAGUUAAAUGAAACACUCACAAAACUUAGAACUGAACAAAAUGAAAGACAGAAGGUAGCUGGUGAUUUGCAUAAGGCUCAACAGUCACUGGAGCUUAUCCAGUCAAAAAUAGUAAAAGCUGCUGGAGACAUUACUGUUAUUGAAAAUAGUGAUGUUUCCCCAGAAACGGAGUCUUCUGAGAAGGAGACAAUGUCUGUAAGUCUAAAUCAGACUGUAACACAGUUACAGCAAUUGCUUCAGGCAGUAAACCAACAGCUCACAAAGGAGAAAGAGCACUACCAGGUGUUAGAGUGAAGUAAUUGGGAAACUGUUCAUUUGAGGAUAAAAAAGGCAUUGUAUUAUAUUUUGCCAAAUUAAAGCCUUAUUUAUGUUUUCACCCUUUCUACUUUGUCAGAAACACUGAACAGAGUUUUGUCUUUUCUAAUCCUUGUUAGACUACUGAUUUAAAGAAAGAAAAAAAAAAGCCAACUCUGUAGACACCUUCAGAGUUUAGUUUUAUAAUAAAAACUGUUUGAAUAAUUAGACCUUUACAUUCCUGAAGAUAAACAUGUAAUCUUUUAUCUUAUUUUGCUCAAUAAAAUUGUUCAGAAGAUCAAAGUGGUAAAGACAAUGUAAAAUUUAACAUUUUAAUACUGAUGUUGUACACUGUUUUACUUAACAUUUUGGGAAGUAACUGCCUCUGACUUCAACUCAAGAAAACACUUUUUUUGUUGCUAAUGUAAUCGGUUUUUGUAAUGGCGUCAGCAAAUAAAAGGAUGCUUAUUAUUCAAACUUGA